UGUGAUACAGGGAGGAAGGAUCCCCCUCUUACCUGCUCCUACUCAGCCCAUCACCCAGCACGCCGCUGCAGCUCUGACUGUCGUAAAGAGCCGGUUCCCAUGUGUGUGAGAGGUGCCGUAAAGCGCGGAGGGGGAGGACGUUCCAAAAUGGCGGCUGCCAUGUCUGCGUCUGUAUGGGGCUCGCUAUUCCGAAUCCAGCAGGGUGUGCAAUAUGCUGCCGGCAGCAUCCUAUCCCAAAGCUGUAUCCACACAACCGCUGCUCUGCAGAGACGCAAUUGGGAGAUGAAGAACAAAAUUGUGUACCCGCCGCAGCUUCCUGACGAGCCUCGGCGGCCAGCGGAGAUUCACCAUUGUCGCAGGCAAAUCAAAUACAGCAUGGACAAGAUGUGGUAUCUGGCAAAACUGAUCAAAGGGAUGUCUAUAGACCAGGCUCUUGCUCAGCUUGAAUUCAGUGACAAGAAAGGAGCAAAAAUCAUUAAAGAGAUUCUGCUAGAAGCUCAGGAGAUGGCAGUGAGGAACCAUCAUGUGGAGUACAAGUCCAACCUUUAUAUAGCGGACUCCUUUUCUGGCAAAGGCACAUAUCUGAAACGGAUUCGUUACCACGGCCGGGGCAGGUUUGGUAUCAUGGACAAAGUGUACUGCCAUUAUUUUGUUAAGUUGGUAGAGGGCCCACCACCACCGAAAGAAGAGCCGGUCACAGGCUUCCAGCAGGCACAGGAAUAUGUGCAGAAGCUUCGAAACCGCACUAUUAUCCACAGCCUGUGAUGCUGUCAGACUUUUCACAGAUGUGCAGCACAACAUCAAUAAAACCACACACCUGAUGAUGGGAACACUUUGAUACCUGUGAUUAAUAACUUCUACCUACAAAUAAAAUUGUAUCUAUUCUUUUCACUUAAUUACAUUGACAAUGAUUAAUGUCUGUUUUUUUGUUUUAUUAUAUUUGACAAAACUGUCUACAACCUCUGUGUUUGUGAUUUACAGUUUUUUUGUUGUCAUUUUAUAAAUAGAAAUCUGGAUAUUCUUUACAACAUGCAAAUAAAACCUUGUCCAUUAUA